AUGCCAUCUGAUGGUGAACUUGAUCGAAAUACUAUCUUUGAAAAAUUUGCUUCAAUCAAACGAAUGCAUGAUGAAGUAGGUAGAAAACAAACAGAAGACUAUCAAAAACGUCUACAAAAAUUGAAAGAAGAAGAAGAAGAAUCAACAAAUCGAUCUUCAUCUCAUUAUCAUCAUCAAGAUUCAUAUGAUCAUGAAUGGAAUAUUGACGAUGAUUUUCAACCAUUAAAUAUAACUGAUAAUGAAGUACUUGAUGAAUCAAUCUCAAAUCGUUUAACAAAUGAUGAUGAACCAGAUGAUUCAUAUAUAACUGCUUAUCAACAAUUAAUUCAAACUCAACAACAACAAAUGGUGGCUCAACAAGAACAAGAAAAUAUGUUAUCCACGAUAUUUGAAGCAUCUUGUGAAGAUGCCUAA